AGACAAGACAUUGCCAACGUCUUGACCGAAGUCAAGCAAAUAGAGACAUCUGUCACUGACCUCUCAAAUCAACUGCCAGAUACUCUUUUGCAGCUUCGCAAAGAUGACCUGGGAACUUAUAUUACCGACAUUCAGACGUUUUACUCGACCAUUGGCGACAUCAUGCAGGAGGCUUUUGAUCUUCCGAACAAGAAUCUUACAGAUUCGGUUCGUGUUAGUCAAGCGCGGCACCUUCAAAGCCGUCUUGAUGAUCGUCUACAUGCGAGUGCCGAUAAUGUUCCCGGGUAUCUCGAUCAAAUCAACGCCUUUCUCAACGACGCUAGUGCAAGCUCCUUUCUCAAGCAAGCAGCUCAGCAAGCGUUCGACGAGUCAGACGACUUCCUUGGAUAUUUCACCAAGACGAAAGUCAUGGCCUUGAACUAUUGGGUUGCGUACGCCAAAGGUAUCAGUCUCCUCCAAAUGGCACAAGAUAACCCCAAAGUCAAUUUCGAAGAAGGGUCUUAUACCAUCAGUCGCCACAAUGCCAACUUCCUCGCCCAAGAGCAGAACUUCCAAGACACCGUCGGACAAGAGUCUAUCACGCUGGCGGAAGGGAUCAUCAGCAGCCCCCUUGAUACACAUGAUUUCAUUUGGAGAGUGCACAGCGGUCUUUACAUCCAAGACGCCUUCUCUGACUACAUGAACUUCAUCUCAUCUGAUAUUGAGAACCCAACAACUUCGUGGUCUAUGUUCCACGGUCCCCAAAUCACCGCCGAUCAGUUUGAUCCUACUGAAAGCUAUCCCGUGGUAGUCGUACCCAGUGACAACCAAGAUCGAAUGCUCUGCAUCGGGGGACAGUAUGGUCUGAAUAUAGAGGAGCAGUGGGCGGAUGAGUCUGUUACACCGUCCUGUCGCUGGCUGAUUAAGCCCAGAUAUCCUGGAGCAGAUCGCUUUUCGUUCAGGUUCGUCGACAAUUAUGCGGAAGGCGAAGACAAUGGUUCCUACGUCGUCGAUAUUCCUUGGGAAACAAUGAGGAUGUUGAACUUUGUCGAUGCGGUACAUAAUGAAGAUGGUAACCAGUUUUUCAAUGUCACUUUGGGCGAAUUAGAUUCGUCGAGCCCGUGA